AUGAAUCGUCUACCAACAUGUCUUGCGGCGUUUCGAUGCAUUCCCAAUGGGACUAUCAACAGCAGGAUCUGGAAUAUCCGCCGACUAACCAAUGCAGCUGCUACGAAGAAGUUGCCUCUGGCAGGGUUGAAGGUGCUGGAUAUGAGUCGAGUGUUGGCUGGUCCAUACUGUACUCAAAUCCUCGGUGAUUUAGGGGCGGAUAUUAUCAAGAUCGAGCACCCAGUUCGAGGAGACGAUACGAGGGCUUGGGGUCCUCCGUAUGCGACCUACAAGGAUGGCAGGGACGGCGUAGGUGAAAGUGCAUAUUACCUCUCUGUAAACAGAAACAAACGCUCACUGGGUCUCUCCUUCGCUCACCCAGAGGGCGUUGAGAUCCUGCACGAACUAGCCCGGAGCUGCGACGUGCUUGUAGAAAACUACCUCCCAAACUCAUUGAAAAAGUACAACCUCGAUUACGAGACCAUACGACACAUCAACCCCCGUCUCGUCUACACCAGUAUCACCGGGUACGGCCAGACGGGGCCAUACAGCAACCGACCGGGCUUUGACGUCAUGGUCGAGGCGGAAUUCGGCCUGGCGCAUCUGACGGGCUCCCGCGACGGACCUCCCGUGAAGGUGGGCGUCGCCGUGACGGAUCUGACGACGGGUUUGUACGCGUGUAAUUCCAUCAUGGCGGCGUUGUUGGCGCGAGGUAUCACGGGUGAGGGCCAACAUUUGGAUGUGUGUCUGAGUGAUUGCCAGGUGGCGACGUUGGCCAAUAUGGGGAGUUCGGUCUUGAUCAGCGGGGAGAAGGAUUCGGGGAGAUGGGGCACGGCACAUCCGUCUGUUGUUCCCUAUCAGAGUUUCAAAACUGCCGAUGGCGAUAUUUUCGUCGGUGGUGCCAAUGACCGGCUCUUUGGCAUCUUGUGUGAGAAACUAGAACGACCGGAGUGGCAAGACGACAAGAGGUUCGGCAGCAAUAACGAGAGAGUUCGGAAUCGGAACGUGCUAGAGGGUAUGAUCGAAGCCGAAACAACCAAGCGCACGACCAAGGAAUGGCAGCAGAUGUUUGAGGGCAGCGAUCUUCCAUUCGCAGUUGUCAACGAUGUUCAAGCCACGAUGAACCAUGAGCAUGUCCGCGCUCGAGGCAUGGUUCAAACGAUUGAUCAUCCUUCCUGUGGACCCAUCAAGGUAAUCAGUCCCCCUGUGAAGUAUUCCAACGCAGAACCGAAUAUCAGAAGUCCUCCUCCUCUUCUGGGGCAGCAUACGCAGGAGAUACUGCGGGAUGUGGUGGGGCUUAGCGAUUCACGAAUUCACGAAUUGAAAGCAAAGGGCGUAGUUGCAUAG